AUGCCCCGCGGCACGGAGUUGUCCGACUCCGCGCAGCCAACCACUGUGAUUUCCAAAGCCGGCGCGCGGCCCCGCCAUCGGCACAAGCCAAGAGAGUCCCUCCAGCCGCGAGGAGCCUCUCCCUGGGCAGAGCAGUACCGGCCUGUCUCUUCCCAGCUCCCUCGCGAGCGGGGCUCCCCCCCGCCCCCGUACCUGCUGCCGGCCCGGCGCGGCACCGCGCUGUCUCCUCUCGGGCCCGAGGCGCGCGAGCGCCGCUCCCUCCCUGUCUCCCUCCUUCCCUCCCUGCCUGCCCGGCGCUGGCUGGCGGCGGCACUGCGCACGCGCGCGGCGCGCCGCGGCGCCCUCUGGGAGGGAGAGCCCUUCCGGCGAGACCGGCCGGCGGCGGCGGCGCCCUCCUCAGGACGGCGCGGCCCCGAAGGAAAGACUACGGCUCCCGGCAAGCAGCGCGCGCUCCCGCGCGGGCGCGCCUCUCCCGCACGGGGCACGCCGGGAGUUGUAGUGCGACGGGCGGCGGCGCCGCGCCUGGGAGGGUUUGGGGCGCGGGGAGAAGGUCCCCUAGCGGUGGCCUCGGUGUCACCGCAGACCGCGUCACUGCGGGUGCGGCAAGCAGCGGAGCCAUUUCGCUGUGCCACGGGCAAUGCCGCGGCGGCCGCGGGCCGGAGAGGCUGCUGGUCAGCCACGGUGUAUGAUGCGACAGACACCCCAGCUGAGCACAACCAGGAGAGAAGUGUUUGGUACGUGCACAGGGACUCUAUGAUCAAGCACCGGGCCCAGAAAGCUCCCCCUGGGCAACACAGGCACUGUGAGCGAUGUUUCAGCCGGCACUGCCGCGCACCCAUUGAGAUCUCCGUGUCCUGCAUGGUGAUCAGCUGCCACCUCCACUGCGGGGCCACCUUCCACAUGUGCAAGGAGGAGGAGCACAAAUUGCUCUGCCCCUUGGAGCAGGUGUCCUGCCUCAACUCAGCCUAUGGCUGCCCUUUCUCCAUGGCCCGCUUUAAGCUGGGGAAGCACCUCCAGGUCUGUCCAGCCAGUGUUGUCUGCUGCUCCAUGGAGUGGAACCGCUGGCCAAACGUGGAUUCAGACACAACGCUGCACAAGAAUAUUAUGAAAGAGACCUUGAAUGAAGAAUGUCUGGACACAGCUUUGGCACUCAGAGACCAGAAGAUACUUUUCAGGGCUUUGAAAAUAGCUGAAUUAUUUCCAGAGUGGAGGAAAAAGGAUGAACUGGAAGAACUAAUGGAUCAAGCCAUGGGUGGGGAAGCAGGUGCUGUAGGAGGAGCUGCCUGUGGUUCCCAAGAGGGCAAUGACCAGUCUGAGCUCAGCCAACGUGAGCGGGAAGAUUUGGCAAAGGACAAAGAGGGAAUGGAUCUGGGGAGUUACAAAACAUGGGAGAACAUUUUCAGCAAAGAGCUUCUGGCUUGCCAGGUAACAGGCUCAGCAACCAGCACAGGACAAAAGACAGAGGAGGCUUCCAAGAAAACAGCAUCAGCCUCUCGUGCUGCCAGCUCCACAGAGAAGGCAAAGGAAGGACCUGAUGGUGCAGAAGAGGGAAAGGGCCAAAAGUCUGAACAAGUAACACCGAGUAGAGAACUGAAUGGACUGGCUCCCUGGCAAGAAGGGGUCCUGGAGAGGCUGAAGAAGGAAGUCGGUGUAGCGGAUUACAACAUGUAUCUGGUACAUCACGGGGGAAUGCUCAUCCGCUUUGGCCAGAUGGCUGCUUGCACUCCCAGAGAAAAGGACUUUGUCUAUGGGAACUUGGAAGCCCAGGAGGUGAAGACUGUCUACACCUUCAAAGUGCCAGUUAGUUACUGUGGCAAAAGAGCGCGACUAGGAGAUGCACUGGGCCACAAGAUGCCAACUUCAGACAAGUCAGUGGAUACCUCAGAAUUGGGAAUAAACAUAGAAGAACUACCUAAGACAAAUAUAGUUGAAGCCACACUGCUGUGUGCUCUGGAAAAAGAGCUGAAAGGCCAUGAGAUCUCUGAAGCAAGAGGUAUCGAUGGACUCUUUGUGGAUUUUGCAACACAGACAUACAGCUUUCCUUUGGAGCCCUUCUCCUCCAGCGCAGUUCUAGCAGAUAUUCUGGAUGAAAACAGCCCACCAGAACUGCACAUGGAGCUCUACACUGAAUGUGUAACCAGAAGACACAAUAAAAGCAGUUCGGCUUUCACAUUCACUUGCAGUCAUUUCUUUAGGAGGGAUGAGUUCCCAUUCCACUUCAAAAACGUGCACGCUGAUAUCCAGUCAUGCCUGGACAGAUGGUUCCAGCAUCGCUGCCCACUGGCCUACUUGGGAUGUCCUUUUGUCCAAAAUCACUUCCGCCCCGAGGGACUUAAGGCCAAGGUUAUUUACAGCAAGCCUCUCAAGACAUUUGCUAUUAAGCCAGAGGUGGACACCCUUCUUGCUGAACCGGGCAAGUGCAAUUUCAUCGUGGAUAGUAGAGGGAGAAACAAGGACUUGCUGAGCAGCCUCCCAGUGGAAGUGCUCAAGUACAUUGCAGGAUUCCUGGACAGCUUCAGUUUAUCUCAGCUAUCACAAGUGUCAGUGCUCAUGAGGGACAUCUGUGCCACUCUUCUUCAAGAGAGGGGAAUGGUCCUGCUGGUCUGGGAGAAAAAAAGAUAUUCCCAUGGUGGUACUUCUUGGAGAGCUCGUAAAAAGAUCUGGCAGUUCAGCAGCCUGUUCUCCAGAGUUCACAACUGGCAGCACAGCGACGUCCCGAGCAUGUCGGAGCACCUGAGGAAUUGUCCCUUCUACCAGGCGGAGCACAGGACAGACCCCGUGCUGCUGACGGGCAUGAGCGAAUCUCGGGAGCAGACUCGAAAGACUUUGGUCUCUACUUUCAAGCACAGAGUGUGAACAACUUGCUUCCCCUCUGACAUGCCUCCCUUCAGGGCUCUGAGAUGAAGAUUUGGGGAUUCAGGUGUAAAGAUUGUUGCUUCCAACUCUCCUUUGGACGUACAAAAUUGGCUUCUCCGCAACUGCGUUUGAAACCUCUGCAUUUUUUUACCCCGCGUUAAAUUGUUAAAGCUUCAACCACUGCUUACUAACAUCACGUGCUUUCUGUUUUCUGUUCCUGGUUUAAUACAGCAUCCUGAAGAAAGCAAUGAGGAUCUUAUUUGAAAACAGCAUUUUUACAUCCUUGAAGGUAGGCUGCUGCUCCUGUACCAUGUGCCUGAGAGAAGCAAGAGCAGUUAAUGUACUUAGCUCAAAUAGAUCUGAAACACCUUCAUUUUGUCUGGAAAGCCAAAUUCUUGGAGCACAAGUAGAUGCCAUCCUGCCUGGCAGACCUAGGGACUGCUAACCUGCUCUGAGAUGUGGGCAAAAGAAAAGGACACCCCAAAAUUACAUGAAUUAAUUAGAACUCCAGUGAGAACGUGGGAAUUCACUGCGCAGCCACAGACCAUCAUUUAGAACCCUGACUAAGG